AUGGGUACUUACGCUAGAGAGCUCGUUGGCAUGGGCUACGGGUUCCCGCUAUGGGACCCGGAACCGGAGCGACAUGGGGAGGUCCUCAUCGGAGACGUUGGUUUCCUUGUGAAGGGCCGCUUCCAUCGCUUGUUCAAUCCAACGCUCCCCGCUGAGCAUGUAGUGAAUCAGGUCUGGGGCGUCCCCGACGUUUUCGAGGAACUCAAGAUCCCGGCUAACCUCUACAGCUACAAGGCUGCGGCUAUCUCCGCGGAUACGGUUUGCAGCAGGAGCUUUGUAAAGCUCGAUAUCAAUGCAACUGUCAAUGCCAAAUCCAUGGCUAAUCUGGGCCUUCACUUCCGGUGCACCGACAAUCAAGGUGCCGUCUUGGUGUUACCAACCAAAACGGCCGCGGGCGUGCAGCUGCUUCCGAAUUCAUUAGUGCCGAAGUUUAUAGGUCGCAAUCACGCCUACUGGUACGAGUUCGCCACGGAGAAGGCGCAGCUUGACUUGAAGCAACAGGACAUAAUUCUGGUCAGUGGUUGGGUCAAGACAGCUCGAUGGGCCGUUGCUGCCUUCGUCGACGGUGGUCGAGAAGUCGAGGUAUCGUUUCGUGCCGGACAGGCUACCCUAGCCGAUGCGUCGUUCUCGUUGACGGCAACGCAAAGUACCUCGAGAUCAUGGCAUCAGCAUUCUGGACCUGUUCUCGAUGAAAGUUUCGACGAAGGUUCGUCAUCGAUGGCACGUCGAACUCAGGAUCAGUGUGUGUUCCUACACUUCUACAAGAGCAAGCGUCGUCUGGGAGGGAUCCUGCCCAAGUUCUUGCCGAAGAAGAUGACGAUGAGGUCCCCAUGGUUCUUUCGGAUAGCAUGA